GACGUCUUUACGAAGUUUCUUAAAUUCGUGACUGUGGAGGGAUAUGGUAUCCGGAAGCACAAGGGCUCGGCAAUAUUUCGGCCCGCACAUCCAUUUAUAGAGAGCUUACGCAGACAAGUCGCACUGUGGAAUUUUUUUGAUCGUCCCUUUAUAACACCGUUUCGAUAAGUCUCCACCAGCCAACUGUCCAUUCUCAACCAUGACGAUUUCCGGGCAGAAAGUUCACUUAUUCGUGUUGCACCACGGCCUUUGGGGAAACAAGAAUCAUUUGCAGUAUAUCACAAAGCAAUUGAACGAAGCGUAUAAAGAUAAAAUCCAUACCCUUAAUGUGGCAGUAAAUGAAGCAAAGUUGACCUACGAUGGAGUCGACCUUUGUGGUAAUCGCUUGGUGGAAAAGGUUCGCAAGGAAGUAGAGGCAUUAGAAAAGGAGGGAAAGGUAGUCGAUAAAUGCUCUUUCUUUGGAUAUUCUCUUGGUGGUUUGAUCUCUCGAUACGCCAUUGGUGUCCUAGGUGAAUCAGGAUUCUUCGAUAAGCACGAGCCGAUUAAUUUUACAACCUUUGCAACACCGCAUGUUGGAGUCCAACAACCACCGCGCAAUACAAUAGUGCGGAUCUUCAACUGGUUGAGUAAACGCCUUCUCUCCCGCAGUGGAGAGCAAAUGUCUCUCGCCGAUAGUUAUAGAGAUGGUCGACCAUUAUUAGAAAUCAUGGCUAGCCCAGAUCACGAAUUUAUGAAGCACAUGGCCCGUUUCCAACAUCGGUUUAUUUAUGCCAACGGUGUGAACGACCGUAGUGUUCCUUAUUGGACAGCUGCAUUCGAGCAUACAAACUAUUUUUCAAGCAUACCGGCUUUGGACAUCGACUUUGACGAAAACUUCAAUACAGUCGUCAAAUCCUUUGAUUUACGAGAUCCCAACGUUAAAUAUGUACCUCCAAAAAAACCAUUUACAUCCUGGACGAUCUUGAAAUAUGUCCUAUUUUUACUACUACCUGUCCUAUUACCAUUAUGGAUCACCAUCGCACUGUCCGUCGUUCUUACACAAGGCACUAGCUCCCGCAUUCGAGUAGCUGGUAUCCUACGCAAGGCUGCCUCACAGAUUCAGGAAAGCCCUAAUACUUUGAAUACAGAUAAACAAGGCGAAGACAUCAAGGUCUCACCAACUAUCUCCUUGGGUUCCAUCAGUGACAGCUCUGAUAGCCAACAGAAUGGUGAACACAAUACUGUCGAUAAAUUUUUAGAUGAAACUGUCCUUGUUCCUGCUUUGGACGGUGUCAACUUUCCUGGUGAAGAGAAUCUUCGACCAAACGAAGACUCUGACAGCAACGAAGAUGUGGUCAUUGACAUAGCUACCCAAUCUAGCGCAUUCAACGUACCACCUGGAAAAAAGCUUGUUGAAACCUACAAGCCCUUAGACCUACUCCCCUCGCAAAAGAACAUCGUAAGAGAUAUGAACAAAUUGUCCUGGAAGAAGGUCGUCCUCGUCAUAGACUCCAUGAACGCCCACGCUGCCAUUGUUGUGCGAGAGAAGCGAUUUGACUCUGCCAGCGCUCGUGUAGGCGUUAAACAUUAUAUACAGACAGUCAAAAUAUAGAUUUCAGUAUUGUAUCCUUACUAGAGUUAGAAAACUAACCAUCACCUCCAUCCACUGUAAUAGUCAUGUCCCUUGCACAUUUACACCAAGGUUACUGCUCUUCCUUGUUUGAACUAGCACCGUUACCUUUCAUACCAUAAAUUUUUAAAUUGUAUACAAUCAAUUGAAGCAGCAAGAGUGCCUCCAAAGAGAUUUUACAGAA